AUCAACUUCAAAUUUUCUUAUCAUAUCACUGUAAUCAAACUCUUUUCCAAUAGAAAGGUUUAUUAAUGUUUUAUAACUCGUGUCACACACAUGUGACCAGACACACGUGAUUUAGUUAUAUAAUACAAAUUUGACAAUUGAGCGAUUGGGGAUGUAUAAAGAUGUGAAGUCUGUCUGAAAAGAGAUUAUACAGUCACAUUGUGAAAAUAACAGAUAAUCCUGAUAUCAGAAGAAUUUCAUCUCAGUAAAAUAAGAAUGGCAUCUAUUAAAGAAGCUGUUAGACACAGGGGAUAUGAUUCUAUCAGGAAUGAAGAUUCUACAGAAAAAACAGAUCAAAGAACAAUGGAAAAAGAGGCGACUGUUGAGUUGGGCUUUUUUCAAACAUUUAACAGGACAAAUGUUUGGGCUCUGUUUUUGUUCCUGUUGACUUAUCUAUUGAAUCAGUUGGACCGGUUCCUGUUUGGCAUCACAGCUAAGUCAAUGGCCCAGGAGGUUCACUUUGGGGACCAGGCUUGUAUGAUCAACAGUACUUAUUUCACAGACAGUGAUCUGAUUGGCUCAAACAACACUGUUAUUAAAUGUGAGGCUGGAGCUGAAAACUUAUGCUUAGAUAUAAGAAAUGGCGAUGGUAGCUAUGUGUGUAAAUGGGACUACAAUGGUCAGGGAUUAGAGUACCAGUUAGUAGCUGGUCCCGUUUUUAUAGUCAUUUACACAUUUUCUGGGAUCUUCAUUAGUUUUGCUGCAGACAAAUAUAAUCGUAAAGUCAUGUUAGCAUCUUGUUUGGUAAUCUGGUCAACCAUGACGUUAUUGACAGGAUUUGUGAACAGCUAUUGGCAGAUAGUCAUCCUGAGAUUUGGACUAGGUAUAGGUGAGGCUGGAUGUACCCCCUUUGCAGCUUCUAUGAUAGCAGAUUACUUCCCUAAGCAGAGUCGUGGAUUAGCAUUAGGUGUAUAUAAUUGGGGUAUCUACAUUGGCUACAGUAUGUCAUAUGCCUUUGGAAAUUUUAUCAGCAAGGCUAAUAUAAACAAUCAAGGUUGGAGAUGGAGUUAUUUUUUAGCAGCCAUUCCAGGUAUAGCUGUAGCAGCCUUGUUAUUCUUAACAGUUGAUGACCCACCUAGACAACAAAGUGAACCUGAUAAGGAUGCAGAUAAAGAACAGAACACAAUGAGUGUCAAAUAUAAAGCUAAGAGAGUUUUUACCAGAUUUUUUAACCCAUCUGUGAUGUUGUUAUUGCUAGCCUCAUCCGUUAGGAAUGCAGCUGGCUAUGUAAUAUCGUACAACACACAACAGUACUUUACAGACUUACAUCAGACAAAAGAACAGAUAGGGGACUAUAUGUCAUGGAUACCUAUUGUAGGAGGUAUUUUCAGUGUCACUGUUGGUGGGCUGCUGUCUGAUGUAAUUGUUAAAAGAUUAGGACUAUAUUCUCGAGUUAUUGUUAUUAUUAUUAGUUUGACAUUAGCUGCACCAUUUGCUGCAGGAACAUUAUUUUUUAUGCCACCUUAUGCUUACCUAUGCCAGAUACCAACAUAUUUAUUUGGUGAGAUGUGGAUAGGCAUUACCAUAGCAGUGUUGGUGGAGUUGGUACCGUCUGAUAUUAGAACCACAGGAAUCGCAGUUUAUUUAUUUAUAAUUACAAACAUUGGUGGAAAUAUACAGCUACUUGUACCAGUCAUUAAGAACCAUAUAAAAGAAAUGCAUAAACACGACAUUCCAAAAUAUCCAGAUGUAAAUGCACUUAGAACUGCUUUAUACAUACUGUACCCAGGGCCCUAUCUGUAUGCAGCGUUCAUAUUUGUAUUUGUGAUGUUCUUGAUGAGGAGAGAUCAACGAAAAGCUGAACAAAGUGCUUACACAAUUCUCCCUGACACAACUGCAUAGCAACCUUUACCUUCAGUUAACUACCUAGCUUUCCAUUGGAGAAGGGAACCCUCAAUAUGGAUUUUCCUACAUUUUUUUAUACAAUCAAACUGCAUGUUUACAAUUUAUCAGUAAUGUUGUGGUUAUGAUGCAUAUAUAGUGAUAUAGCUUGCUGUAUCUUUGCAAAAACUGUUUACAUUUCAGCAACAUAAGACUGUUUCUAUAGACACAACUUGUUAAAACAAGUGGUAUUUGCAGUGACUGUUCACUACAAUGUUGACAGUCCAUUAAAUGUUUUGUGAUUUUAUUCUUGUGACAUUGAUCAUUUUAUACUCCAAGCCAACGUUCUUAAUGUUACUCAUAUUGAGACAUAUAAAACAAAUACUCAAUUCUUACUUAGAAUUAAUUGACUUGUAAAUAAAUAUGUAUAGAAAUUAUGAUAUUUUUGAAUAUGUCCACACUUUGUAAAUUAUAGCAGAAAAUGUGAUAUCUAAAUAUAUCACUGAUGUGAACAUAGUUUCUUAUGAUUAUUUGAUUCAUACAAGUGCUAUAUAUAUAACCAUUAUGAAACAAGUAUGAAUGUAGUAAAUAAACUCAUCAUAGAUA